AUGGAAGAUAACCCAUCACCUUUCACUUCUUCCUCCAACUUUAAAGAGAAUGACGAGAAUCUUGAAGAAUUUCGGAGACGUUGGAGACAAGAAUUGGAACAAAAGAAACCUUCGCAGCAACAAGUAGCUUCUUCGAGUACGACC